GUUAAGUACUAUCGAAAAUAUAUCGAAACAAUGUUGGUGUUAAUUUUAUUGACCGUGUCAGCUCUACUGUUUGUUUAUUGGAAGCUAAAAGGGUGCUACAAAUUGUUUGAAGAGUUGGGUAUUCCAGGACCAUCCCCGAUACCCGUCUUUGGAAAUGUUGCCGAGUUUAAGGACAAGAGUCCCCUGGAUGUCUUUAAGAAAUGGGCAGGCAUAUACGGAAACGUUUAUGGAUAUUAUGAAGGUUUUAAUCCUAGUAUGGUUGUCUCUGACCCUGACGUUAUUCGUCAUAUAUUAGUUAAAGACUUUGAUAAAUUUGAAGAUAGACCGCUGUGUACCCCCUUUGUCUUCUAUCCUAUGCAUUUAAGUCUGGGUGUUACAAAAGGUGAAUUAUGGAAACAACAGAGACAUGUAGUUGCUAGUGGUUUUAGUACCUUGUCUAUCAAACAGAUGUUGCCGAACAUGUUGAUAAAAUCGGAAUCACUAAUAGAAAAACUAGAAUGUAAAAUUCGUGAAGAACCAGAUAGCCACAAUGUUACUGAAAUCAUAGAACGGUACAUGUUGGAUUCCCUCGCUUUUGGUGCAUUCAACUACAAUUCCGACAGUUUGAAUAACGAUGACGAAAUUUUGUUGGAGUAUGUUCAACAAUACAAUUAUUCAGCUUCUACUGAAAAUCCUUGUUCUGGGUUAGCUAGAUUGUUCCCAAGUCUAACACCAUUUUGUCAGUUAUUUACUGGAAAACUUCGCAACGCCCUUGAUAAACACGUUAAACAAGUGAUGACCUUCUUGGAGAAAGAAAAACGAGUGGUUUCUCGUUCUCAUGAAGGAAGUAAACAUGGAAAUCUUAUACAGAGUUUAUUAACAACUAAAGCAACAUGCCAUGAUGAAAACAGCAAUAUCUACAAGAGAUAUCUUUCUGAUGAAGAAAUUUUAGCCCAAGUGACGUCAAUGGUUGGUGGUGGUAUUGGACCAGCCUCUGCACUCAUGUCUUUUCUAGUUUACAAUCUGGCCAUUCAUCAAGACGUACAAAAGAAAGUUAUGGAAGAAAUCAACUUGAAUAUCACAGACAACGAAGAUGUAACCUAUGAUACAUUAUAUAAACUGAACUAUCUGGAUAUGGUUAUAAAUGAAACAUUUAGAGUCUUUCCCGUGGCCCCGGGAGUAGCAAGAACAUGCGUGGAAGAUACCGUUAUAAAUGGAACCCAAUUCAAAGCAGGAACUGUCAUCAAAAUCAUGGCUUGUGUUAUGUAUGCAGACGAUUCCAUCUUUCCAGAAGCAGAGAAAUUUAUUCCCGAAAGGUUCUCUAGAUCAGAAUGCGAAAAGCGUCAUCCUUUUACGUGGUUACCAUUCGGAGAUGGUCCCAGAAACUGUGUUGGUAAAAGAUUGGGUUUAAUGCAGUGUAAAUUGGCAGUCGUUCAGAUAUUGAGAAAAUAUCAAAUACUUCAGACUAAUCAGACCGAGGUGCCAUUACAAACUGUUUUAAACCCCGUACUCUCACCCAAGAAUGGAAUUCACGUUCGAUUGGUACCAAGAGAAAAUUCUGGUUUCUGUUGAAUUAUAUAGUGAUAUACAGGAUAAAGAUCUCAUCGCCGCUACGGUUUCUAGAGCCACUCAUUUUUGUACUAAGAUGGUGAUUCCAUCGUUGAGUUCCAAACCACGACAUGGUCCAUGAACUUCAGGCAGCGGAAAGAUUGAAACCCAAGAUUAUUCUCACGAAUUAACUUCAAUCCAACGUCAUCUUGGACCAAGAUCGGUGACAUU